AGAAAAAUCGACAUUUCCGUAAGGUGCGCAUGUGCACUUUUGUCAUGAAACUCUGAACGUCAAGUGUUCAGUGACGCCUGUGAAACUGUGUGAAACAACUGACUUCGCUAAAACCUCUGGCCAGGGUCUAAUCACAGCAGUACUCUAAUUAUUAGCACUUAGACCAAUAUUGGCCCAGUAUAUCCAGUAUAUUCAAGGCCCAGAAUAAUAAUAAGAAGAAGGCGCCUGUAAAAAUUGUACUUUUUAGCUGAAGCAGCUGAAGGGAUGUCCAAUAUCCAAGGAGAUGGAUGUCAUUGGGUACCAUUGGGUACUAUUAAACAAGAAGAAGAAGAUGAAAAGAUAAAGAUCGAAGAAAUGGAAGAAUUGAUGCAGCGCACGUCGCCAGAGCUUGCGGAAGUGGCCAACAGUGCACGCGUCGAUACUUUGCCAAAAAUCUCACGCAACAAAUAUGACGCGGCAUACUCGGCGUUUACUGAAUAUAAAAAGCAGCACAAAACGCCGGCGACAACGCAGAAUGUGUUGUGCGCAUAUUUUAAAGAGUUGAGUAAUACACAUGCUUCUAGCACACUUUGGAACCGCUACUCCAUGCUGAAAGCUGAGAUCAAAGCGAAGGAGAACAUCAGCAUUGAGAGUUACACGGAUUUGAUUGCAUUUAUCCGAAAUCAAGCUGUGAACUAUACGCCGAAGCAAUCAGAAAUAUUGACAAAGGAUGACGUGCGCAAAUUUUUGGAGAUCGCCCCAGAUAGGGAAUUCCUUGCAGCAAAGGUUAUUUUAAUAAUGGGACUCAUGGGAGCAUGCAGAUGCCAGGAAUUGAAAGACAUGAAGAUAACGAACAUCGAAGAUAGGGAUUCGCUUCUCGUCGUGAACAUCCCAGAUACUAAGACGCGCAAUCCUCGCAAAUUCGUCAUUGUUGCUGGACCUAUUCUAGACAUUGUCAAAAAAUAUAGAAACAUGCGCCCGCCAUAUAUUCCUGAUCCAUCAUUUUUUGUACAGUAUAGAAACGGAAAAUGUACGUCUCAAGUAAUGGGAAAACAUUCGCUUGCUGCAAUACCUUACAAAAUUGCAACUUUUCUGAAAUUGCCCGAACCCAAAAAUUAUACGGGACAUUGCUUUCGGCGUACUGCAACAACAAUUUUUUUCAAUGAAGGAGGAGACUUUGUUUGCCUCAAAGAACUGGGGGGUUGGAAAUCCGAUGCAGUAACUCGAAGAUAUAUCAAACAAUCAAUCAAGCAGGAAACUAAAAUAUGUAAUGUACUCACAGAAGCAAUUAAUAUUAACGAAAACAAUGCAACUCCCACUUCUCGACAUACAACGACAACCACUGUUAAAGAUAUCAGUGCAAGUACUAAUAGCAACAAUAUUAUAAUCAGCAAUUGCAUAGUCCAUAUCCACAAUUAUGGAAAAGGAGUUUAAAAGUUAUUAAGUGUAUAACAAUAUUUAAAUAUUCUACAAUGUGAAAUUGUAAACCAUUAAAUAAAAACUUUUACAUGUUACAAUAAAAGAUAUUUAAAUACA